CACUGAGGAUCAGUGUGCCCUGAUGAUCAGUGUAGCCCCAGCAGCGCCACCUGUCAGUGUCCAUCAGUGCCUUGUGUCAGUGCCCAUCAGUGCCUGCCUACCAGUGCACAUCAAUGCCACAUAUCAGUGCCCAUCUGAGCUGCCUUUCUGUGUCACCCAUCAGUGCCAUGCCAGUCAGUGCCACCUAUCAGUGCCAUGUAUCAGUGCCAUGUAUCAGUGCUGCCUUUCAGUGCCCAUCAGUGAUGCCUGUCAAUGCCCAUUAGUGCCACCUACCAGUGCCUCCUCAUCAGUGCCCAUCAGUGCCACCUAUCAGUGUCCAUCAGUGCAGCCUAUCAGUGCCCAUCACUGCAGCCUCAUUAGCGCACAUCAGUGAAGGAGAAAAAUCACUUAUUUAUAAAAUUUUAUAA